CUCAUCCCACUACCACAGGAUGCGUGUUUGCAACGUUGCUAUGGUAGCGUCACUAUUACUUCUCGGUUUGGCAACGCCGGUGGAGGCGCAGCACAGCCGUCGUCGUAUUCGAGCAAUAAAGUGCGAUGCUGAGUCUUUCUGCAUCCCGCUCAGCAGCUGUCGAGCUCAGGAGUUCUGUCGCCCUCUCAAAGACUGCGAUGAGGUUAGAGAACUCCUGGCACGUCCUGACCGAGAGAGUGCCAUGCGGUCUGGUUGUUUCAUUAAGAAGCCUAGAUAUAUAUGGGUAUGUUGUGGUCAGCUGCAUACCAGACAGACGCUUCGAGACCUCCCUAGGCGACCAGUUUCACUCUCAGUAAACAUAACACAGAAAGAACCUGCAGGGCAGCAUCGAUAUACACCACCAGCAAGGCCUAGACCCACUGCACCUACAGCACCAACACCACCCACGCCGCCUACACCACCUACACCACCCACUCCGCCUACACCACCUACUGCCCCUACACCGCCCACUGCACCCACUGCCCCUACACCACCUACUGCCCCUACACCACCUACUGCACCCACUGCCCCUACACCACCUACUGCCCCUACACCGCCUACUGCACCCACUGCCCCUACACUACCUACUGCACCUUCACCGUCACAAGAACCAUUCACCGUAGCCUCUUUCACGUCCCCUUCUAUCGCCUCCAACGAAAAUCUUCUACCCGCUAUAUGCUCCGUGCGGAUCCACGGCGGACACAACGCGCGCCACGAGGACCACCCGUGGAUUGCUGCUCUCGGAUACGUCGAUUCGAACGGUGAAUGGGUCGGAUGGAAUUGUGGAGGGGUGCUUAUUAACCGAAGAUACAUUAUCACCGCCGCCCAUUGCUUGCAUAACCGCUACUUGAACGGUUCAGUACUCACUACCAUUCGCCUCGGAACUGCAUACUUAGAUCAGGAUUCCCAAGAACACCAGUCCUUCAGACCGGAAACUACUGUCCUCCAUCCGAACUUCAACAAAUUGGAGCAUAAUGAUAUAGCCCUGGUUAGACUAAACAGGAAUGUCGACCUUACCGGUGUUUAUCCGGUCUGCCUUCCCUCAUUCAGAAUGAACCUCGAGGUGGAGUUCAAAAAGCAAAUGCCAGUGGCGGUUGGCUGGGGUGCCACGAAAUAUGCCAGGAGUACAUCCGUCCUUCAGGAAGUACGCCUGCCCCUCGUCCCUCUAGCGAAAUGCAGGGAUGCCUACCCGGGUUUCUAUCUGGUGGAAGAACAAAUCUGUUUCGGUGGACUCUCCGGCAGAGGAACAUGCAAGGGAGAUUCUGGGGCCCCAUUAGUGUAUGAGGAGACCCUCAUUGGGUUGUUAUCCAAAGGAGGAGCAUGUGCCGCGGCUGGACAACCUGACGUCUUCACAAGAGUGGACUCCUACGUGGAGUGGAUCAAGGAGAACCUCAGGCCGUGAGAGAGAGAGAGAGAGAGAGAGAGAGAGAGAGAGAGAGAGAGAGAGAGAGAGAGAGAGAGAGAGAGAGAGAGAGAGAGAGAGACUCUAAAGCCUAGUUCAGGCCAAGAUACACUGUAUCGAUACAGUUGGGUAUUACAUAAUGUCUCGUGUGUGUGUGUGUGUGUGUGUGUGUGUGUGUGUGUGUGUGUGCGCGCGUGCCCAUAUGUAUAAUUAAAAGAAAAUUCGAAACGCAUCUACUUCAAAAUAAAUACACCUUCGAGUAUAUAUAAGCAAUGCGUUGUUGAAAGUUCGUUUUCAAAUACUCAGUCUUGCAACUUCACCUGGAAACCAGUUUAUGUGAAGGUUAACCUCGCUUGUGUGACAGAACUGCAAAAAUAAAAAAAAUAAUCA